UCUGAAGACUUGGGGAAGAUAUACAUCUGAAGAAAAAUAAUCUAAAAAAUGUCUCUCAACAUUGGUGGUACUGCAACGGCCAAUCCCAAAGGUGGCCAGGACAUUGAUGUCAAGGCCAUUGGCAAGGUGGGCAAUGAGGGUCUGGGCGCCGCUGCUGGUGUCUUUGCCAAGGGCAAUGAUAAACAUGGACCAAUUACAACGGGGGCAUUUGGUGAAAUCAGUUCCAAUGGCCAUGGCUUGACUGUACACCACUCGAAUACCCAUGGGGUCAGUAAGUCUCUGGGUGAAAAUCUGCGCAUUAAUACCUUCAAAAAUGAUAAUCAUGCCGUGGACUUGAAUGCCUUCCACAAUCGCACCCAAUUGCAAAAUGGUUUAAAAUUUGAUGCCGUGGGUGCCAAUGCUGCCUGGUCUCAUGCCAAGGGUCAUUCAGCCACCGUGGGUGUAACACAAAUUCCCAAAUUCAAUAUGACCACCUUGGGCGCCACUGGCUCAGCCAAUCUAUGGACUUCGCCAAAUCAGGCUUCAUCAUUGGAUUUGAAUGCCUUUGCAAAUAAACAUAUUUCCGGACCAUUUAAGGGACAUAGGGAUAUAGGUGGGGGUUUGGGUUUUACCCAUAGAUUUUAGGGAAAUAUUUUUUAAUAUUUUUAAAAA